AUGGCGAACGCGAUCGACCGCAUCCGCUUCAACGUCGGCGGCAAGAUCUUCGAAACCACAACCACCACUCUCGCAAACGCCGGCCGAAACUCCAUGCUCGGCGCCCUCCUCGAUGAAAACUGGAAUCUUUUCUCCUCCGCCGGCGAGUACUUCAUCGACCGCAAUCCGGCUUGCUUCGGCGUCCUUCUCGACCUCCUCCGCACAGGCGAACUCCACAUCCCUCCCAUCAUGCCCAAAAAACUUCUCUACCGCGAGGCCCUCUUCUACGGUCUCCUCGACCACGUCCGCUCCGCCCGUUGGGGUCCCUUCGACGGCAACCGCCUCCACCUCUCCUCCUCCGUCGCCGGCCGCGCUCCUGGAGACCCCACCGCCGUCCGCGCCAGCCCCGACGGCGGCUGCUGCAUCGCUCACGGCACCCUCGCCCAUCUCUACGACUGGAUGCUCGACCAACACAACCCCAUCAACCUCGACUACCAACAAAUCAACGAUGUCGGCUACAUCGACACUGAUACAAUCGUCCUAACCGCCCGCCAACCCCCAGGCCGCGCCGGCGGCGGCAUGGGCCUCUUCUCCCCCUCCUCAGGCGAACUCCGCCACCGCUUCCCCGUCUCACACGACAAUAAAGUUAAAUCCUUUACCGCCGGAGCUCUCUGUUUCAGCAAUCCCGGCUACAAAAUUUUCGCCAGCUGCAAGGGAAGAUGCAACGAGUCCGGCAUCGGAGUUUGGGAUCAAAUCACCGGAAACCAGUCGGAUUUUUUCUACCAACCACCUGGAUGCUCCUUCGGGGACGCCGAUAAGCUUCAGUGGAUUGAAGGAGAUAACUUUUUGAUGGUGGCCACAUUGUUUCCACGAACAGAUAACUGUUUCAUCGGAGUAUUGGAUUUCAGAGAGAAGAACAUGGUUUGGUCAUGGACUGAUGAAAGAACAAUGGCGGCGGCUGCUUCUCUGGAUGAGAAGAGAGUACUCCACGCCAUUGUGAUGGAAGACAACCGUUCGAUCUGUGUGGUGAACCAGUACGAGGAUUUGGGGUUUUUGGACUUGAGGAGGAAUGGAGGAGGGGUGAGGUGGAGUUCAAGGAGCAAGCUUAUGAAGGGGAAGGUUAGAGGAGAAGAGAGCUGUUACCCGAAGCUCGUGAUGCACAGAGGACAGUUGUUCUCGUCGAUGAACGAUGUUAUAUCUGUGUUCUGUGGACCGGAGUGGGUGUUGACGACGACGUUGGGGACGAAUUACGGCGGUCCGAUCUGCGAUAUUUCGAUCGGCGGCGAUAGGUUGUUUGCUCUGCAUAGUGAGACGAAUGUGUUCGAUAUAUGGGAGACUCCUGCUUAGCAAAUUGAGGUAGAAUCGUGUAUCUACAGAAUGGCUGCUAAAGCUGAUUGUUUUAAGAACACAUUCGUUUGAAAUUGUCGUAAAAAUUUGAAAUUUGGUUUUGUAUUUUGUUUUAUGUAGUUUGAUUUUGUGGUGAGGUUUAGCUGAUGAACAAAGAAGAUACAGCAGCAGUGUUAAUGGAAAG